GGCUUCCAGCGUAACCAGCCAGAUUGACGUGGAGGACGCGUCAAAUUAAUCCCAGCAAACUUCAGCCUCCAGGAUAGACAAAUUUGCCUUUAUCGGAUGAAGAUCACCUUGGUCCCUUUGUCCAAAACAGUUCUUUUCAACGCUCUUCAGCAGAAGUGGGAGUAAAGAACCAAAACCGGAUCGUUCGAGAGCCCUUCAUUUUAUUUAGUCCAUUGCUUCCCCCCUGUGCAGUCGGGAGAACCAGCGCGUGCAGCCAUUGAAGGGCAAAUAUUUCAAAGAACUCAUUUCAGACCGCGAGCAAAUGGAGCAAACCUAUGGAGAGGUAAACCAGUUAGGUGGCGUAUUUGUUAAUGGACGACCCCUGCCCAACGCCAUACGGCUGAGAAUCGUGGAACUGGCCCAGCUCGGAAUCCGACCCUGCGAUAUAAGCAGGCAGCUUCGCGUGUCUCAUGGCUGUGUGAGCAAGAUUCUGGCUCGGUACAACGAAACUGGGUCCAUAUUACCCGGAGCCAUCGGAGGAAGCAAACCCAGGGUCACAACACCAAACGUGGUAAAAAAUAUACGGGAAUACAAACAAGGUGACCCCGGAAUCUUCGCCUGGGAGAUCAGGGACAGGCUUCUCGCAGACGGAGUUUGUGAUAAAUACAACGUUCCAUCGGUCAGCUCAAUAAGCCGGAUAUUAAGGAACAAGAUUGGAAAUCUCUCUCAGCCAAACCAAUACGAAGGCGGCAAGCAACCUCCGCAACCAGCGAUUUCUUACAACCACAUAUACCCCUAUUCAUACCCAAAUGCUAUGUCACCAACUGGGACCAAAAUGGGCAACCCUCCCGGAGUGCCCGUCUCGGCAGCCCAUGUAAGCAUAUCGCGAGCGUGGCCUUCGGCGCACACUGUCAGCAACAUUCUAGGUAUAAGGGCCUUCAUGGAUCCCGCAGCCAUUGCUGGAACUGAGGGAUAUGCGCCGAAAAUGGAGGACUGGAGUACAGUCAACAGAACGUUUUCCUCCGCGCAUAGUGUCAAUGGAAUUGACAAGUCAGCCAUUGAAGGUGACAUCAAGUACCCUCAGCCUUCGUCAACGUUAUCCAGUUAUGUUCCAGCUUGCGCCUAUUCACCCUCCAACCAAUACGGAGUUUAUAGCGGGCCUGCAGGUAGCUACGUGACCCCGGGGCAUCAUUGGCAGUCGCAGAGCGCGAGUUUGUCCCACCCAGGCAGCGGAAUGACGAUGCACGGGGGAGACAUCCAUUCUCCAAUGGCAUUCAAACAUCCAUCACGAGACGGAGACAGAAAACCCCCCAGUCCCUUAAGCAAGCAGCAGCACGAGGCGUUGAACAGCGUACAUGGACUCCCUCUUCCUACCUCAUCAUCAUAACCCCGAGAAGAAUCCGACGCGGCCAAAACGAGGAAUUUACAUGUUUAAUAUGCGGCAGACCAUUAUUUAGUUUAGCGCAUUUCAAGAAUACAAACAGUAAGUGAAAGCACUAUAUUUAUAAUUUGCCAGUCAAAGUGUUAAGUAUAGGAAGGGCCCGUAGUGCCUGCUGUUCUAAAGCAUGUGCAUAUAAAAUAUAGCCUACCAAGGAUACAAUAUGAAACGAAAUGAAUGUAAAAUUACGAAUAGGAUGUUUAUUUGUACUGUAACCUCCUUUGCAGUGGUGUUGGUGGUCGGUAGUUUUAUCUUCACAUUAAAAAAGUGUAUAUAUAUUUGUAAAAGACUGCAAGACAAAAUACAAUAAUGUCAUUGUGAUAACAAAAAGUCACCUUAAAAUAAAGGAUUAUAAAUGACUACGGAA